CCGCCGCUGUUCAUCAUUACUCUCCCGUCAUCUCGCUGCGGGCCGGUUGCCACGGUAACCCGGGCUCCUGCCGCGCGCCGCAGUGAGCGACAGAGAGAGAGAGAGGGAGAGAAAGAGAGAGAGAGAGAGAGACAGAGAGAGAGAGACACACACACACACACACACACACACACACACACACAGACAGAGAGAGACGGUGAGUCACCGAGACCAGCCCCGGUCAGCGACCGACAACCAGCGACCGACAGACCAGAGACAGACCGACGGUUAGCCUGUUAGCUCGUUAGCUCAGAGAGAGGAGGGACGCGACGACCGCGGACUGUUGAUGAGACUGAGGACGGUCAACUACCGCAGUGUGACAGCGACUACAGCAACCGGCAACAUCUACAGCAACCGGCAACCAGACUGUCUGACGGAGACCUUCAGCGACCACGGCAGGAGAACCAGCAGCAACCACAUGUAGGGCAACUGCAGCUCCAGCAACUACAGCAACUGACUGUUGAGGUUUGAUGACAACCAUGUUGCUGCAACCUGAGGGAGACUACAGCAACUGCACAGCAACAACUAGUACCCAAACUGUUGCUGUUUAAUUCUUUGUGCAACACAACCUGUGACAGCUACAGCAACCACCAACUUCUACAGCAACCAUCAUCCAGCAGGUUAGACACAUGGACGUCCUCUCAAAAUGUGAGACGGAUCAGCUGAUCUGGAGUCAGUCAGGUGACGGCCUCAGGUUGAGCUAAGCUCUGCCCACCCUGCCUCACCCUCCUGGUUCAGGUAAAGACGACAGCCAAUAGGAUGAGCCAGCUGAAAGAGUCGGAGUCUGGACGGGAGAUGGAAGGAAAGGUGCAGACCUGGGCUCAGUCUCUGGUUUACACUCUGGAGGAACUUGAAUGUAAAAUCUGCUACAAUCGCUACGACACUCGCAGCCGGAAACCCAAACUGCUGGGUUGUCUGCACCGAGUGUGUGCCAAAUGUCUGAAGAAGAUGGUCGACAUAGGAGAGUCCUCGCCCUCCGUCAUCAGCUGUCCUUUCUGUCGCCAUGAGACCCAUGUCCCCGAUGAGGAAGUGUGGUUGAUGGAGGAUGACAGACACAUCCUGGCUGUUCUGUCGUGUCAGGACCGAGCCCGCCGAGGAGGAGGAGGAGGGGGAGGAGGAGGAGGAGGAGGAGGAGGAGGAGGAGAGGUGGUGUUGAGUCCGAACAGUCUGACCGGAGGAGGAGGCGUGGAGUCGUCUCACCGCUCCUCAGACUGUCUGGUCAUCACCAUCAUGGAGCUCCCUGAGGAGUCUCCAUCCUCUGACUCACUGAGCAUGCUCAAUGUGGUGGGUCUGUACCGCCCCCCCAGCCUGGACUCCCUGCCCUGCAACCUGCCAGCUCAGAAGUGUCGUGCCUGGACGUCUCGCAGCUUCCCCCGCUGCCUGCUGGGGGCACUCUGCCUGGUGUACUUCAGCUCUCUGCCUCUGGGGAUCUACCUGCUGAUGAUCGGUCAGCUUUGGCUUGGCGUGGUCCUGGUCAGUCUGGUUCCCUCCACGCUGCUACUGCUCGUCCUCUACGGGUUCUGUCAGUGUCUGUGCCAGGAGCUGGAUGAGGCACUCGCGGCACGCACACGCACGCUGCCGUGACAAUAACAACACUGCAGUGCUGUGGCGACGAUAACAACGUGACACGCUGCCGUGACAAUAAGAACACAGCAACAUAUCAACACCAGAACCACCAGAGUCCUGUACAAUGAAGCAGGUUCCUAAUAUCCAGAAUAUCUCUCCGUUAUCUGGAUUCACUGACCCGGACCGAAUCCACCGGGCGCAGCCACCACACGUUCCAGCUGUGCACCUGUUGUACGCAGCUAGUCUGUUGGUGAUGGAAGCUGCUACCCACCCGACACAGAAACAGCGUCCACAAUCCGGUCAAUUUUCAAAAAAAGUACCCUGUGCAGACUCCACUGAUAUAAUACUUAUAUAGUUCCUUUGUAGUCUUCUGACCACUCAGUAUUCUUCAGCAUCAGGAGCAGUUGGGGGUUUAGUAGCCGGGAAUCGAACCAACAGCCUUCUGAUCAGUGGACCUCCUGAGCCACAACCACUCCCCACAAUAUCAACACAGUCGGGCAGGAAGAUGCUCCACUUCUCAAAAACUCUAGUGGGAUGAUAGCGCCAAACCAGGUUAUGGGUGUGACAUAAAGCUGUGCCCGGUGGAGUUUCAGUGUAACAACCAUCAUCAAGCUAAGUGGUCACACGAUGGUGGUUUUCAGCUAUGAUAUCCAACCAUAUCACACCAUUCACAUACAAUCCGACCAAUCAAAGACCUGCAGGAGUCUGCUGGAUAUUACAGAACUGACAGAGAACUGGAUCCGCUCACAUGGUUUUGAACUGUUCGGAGCAUUUUGACCAAAAAGGAAUCAGUUCAGAACCUGAAAAAUUGGUUUCUAUUUGGAAACAGAAGAUAUCAGGGAACCAAAGUGGGCGUGUCAUAUUGUACAGGUGGUGGUGCGGCGCCCUCUGUUGAUGACGCAUCCAAUUACAAUGGUUCCACUCUAAACUGGUGGAAACGGUUCCAAGAAUCCUGAACAGAACUAGGUUCAAGAACCAGAACUAAUUUGGUGUAAAAACACUGAAUGUGUAAGUUAAUAUUCUCAUAAGAUUACUGCCCCAUCGUUAAGAGUCUGUAAUUACAUCUGAGUGUAUUCCAUUAAAUUAAUGUGUUCAUUA